UGCGCUGUAUGUUAUGGUUCAUAGUACACAAGCACGUCAUUUCCCAUUACGCCUAAUGUAGACAGCCGCUGUUCGGUCCGAUACAGACGCGCUGCGGGUGGCUAUGCUGAGUAGCAGGUUAUGGCAUCAGCUGGCGGUGUGACCCGAGCUCUCAGGCUCCCUGCCAGGCACGGCUAUGCUGUGGAGUUCUCUCCAUACGUCCCAUCCAGGCUGGCAUGUGCAGCCUCCCAGAACUAUGGCAUAUCAGGGUGCGGUACUCUAUUUUUAUUAGAACAAAACGAAGCUGGACUUGUUUGCAUUAAAAGCUUUGAUUGGAGCGAUGCCCUCUUUGAUGUAACAUGGAGUGAGAUGAGUGAGAACAUUCUUGUUACUUCUAGUGGAGACGGAUCUCUUCAGUUGUGGGAUGCAUCCAAACCACAAGGACCUUUACAUGUAUUCAGAGAGCACCUCCAGGAGGUUUACAGUGUGGACUGGAGUCAGACAAGAGGAGAGCAGUUCCUGGUGUCAGGGUCUUGGGAUCAUACUGCUAAACUAUGGGAUCCCUUAGUUGAGAAGUCACUUUGCACUUUCACAGGCCAUGAAAAUAUUAUUUACAGCACUGUUUGGUCCCCACACAUUCCAGGCUGCUUUGCGUCUGCUUCAGGAGAUCAGACCUUAAGGAUAUGGGAUGUGAAAGCGCCUGUGUCUAAGCUAGUUAUCCCAGCACAUCAAGCAGAGAUUCUAAGUUGUGAUUGGUGCAAAUAUGAUCAGAACCUUCUUGUGACUGGUGCUGUUGAUUGCAGUAUAAAAGGAUGGGAUAUAAGGACAAUAAGGCAGCCCGUCUUUGAACUACAGGGUCAUAAUUAUGCUAUUAGACGAGUCAAAUUUUCACCCUUUCAACCAAGUGUUUUGGCAUCAUGCUCCUAUGAUUUCACCGUGAGAUUCUGGGAUUUCUCCAAGCCAUCACCACUUCUUGAAACUGUAGAGCAUCAUACAGAGUUUACAUGUGGUCUUGAUUUCAGCAUUCUCAUACCAGGACAGGUAGUAGACUGUGCGUGGGAUGAAACUGUGAAAGUGUAUACCCCAUCCUGUCUUUCAGUCCCUCAGCAAUGAUCGUUUCUGCAGAAAAUAGAAAAACCUCUAGGUAGAAAAUGAUUGCUAACUUAAUGUGAGAUUAUUUUAGCCAGUCAUAUUUUUCUAUGUGUGAUUGGUUUGAAUAUAACUACUGAUAGUCAGAAAGCCGUAAGUGUCUAAAUGGAUCUGAAUUAUAAUAAAAACUUUGUAUUAUGUAAACAACUGCAUUUUUUCAAUGCAAUAAGUAAGAUUGUGUUGAUUUAUAUGAAAAAUAAAGAAAUAAACUAGUAAAUGUC